AUGAUGUCAACUACUUUGUUUUGCGUUGUGUAUUUCCUUUUCUUUGGAGAAUGUCUCUCCGAAAAUUCAAUUGGAAAAAAACAUAAACCCAUAAAACCAUACUUGGACGUACCUAAUAGUCAGGAAGAUUGGGACACACCCGUUCCAGCUGCCCACCCAAUCGACAAACAAUAUAACACAACUGAUGGUACUUCAACUGCCCACCCAAUCGACAAACAAUAUAACACAACUGAUGGUACUUCAAGUUUGAAAGCAACACGGAAGCCAUCCACUCAAGUCCUAAAAUCUCAAACAAGUUUGAAAGCAACACGGAAGCCAUCCACUCAAGUCCUAAAAUCUCAAACAAGGAAGUCAAGAGGUCCAGGUCAUUAUUAUUACCAUCUGAUUAAUUCAACAAAGCAUUCCGAUGAAAAAACAGGUUAUUUCAUGAAAAAAGUUAGAGAUGCAUUCUUUUAUUUGUUCGAUGAAGGAGAAUUUCAUCCAUUGAGAAACAAGAGUUAUUUGUACAAUUUCUGGUAUCUCUUCAGAGGUUCUUUCUUGAAUAUUAGAAAUUUCUUAGUUUUAAUGUUUGGAAAUUAA